AUGUCCGACGAUAUAUUCGACAAAAAGAGGGAUGAAGCCCCUAUAUUGGAUUUGUCUAAAACUGUGAUAAACACUGCCGAAGAAUAUAGAGCUGUUUUAGAUAAAGUGCCCGAUUUCAAGACCAGACCCGAAAAGGUAAAAGCCGAGGAUAUCAAAAUAAAAGAUAGAGCUGACCAUAAAACUAAGACUUCUCGAAAAGAAAUCCGCGCGUAUGAGAAGCUAGGGACCCGAGGAUAUGAGGAGAAACACUUUACUUUUAUGGACCCCGUUCCCGUGGAGAUGCAGGGGCUGAAAUUCGAGGAGUUGUGCUCAGUUCCUAUAGAAUGGCGGAUGUUAACGUCCAUCAGACCUAAAUUAAAACAAGAUGAAGAAUAUUUUAACAGGUUGAUAGAACUACGCAAAUCCGAGCUAAGAACAAAGGCGAAAGAAAAGAGGGAGUACGCUAAAAACCCAAUGAUUAGAAAAACUAAGAACCGUUCGGGUGUGACGGAGACUAGAAUCGUGUCAUGCUCCGAGUGCGGCGAAGAAUAUUGCGAUGGUAAAAUGUGCGUGAUCACGAAUUAUGACAUGUUCACGCGGCUGAAGAUGGAGGUGCAGCCGAAGGAGAAGCGCGCGGCGGCGGCGCCGGCGGCGGCGGGCGCGCGCCUGCGGCGGCCGCGGCGGCGCGCGCGCCGCAAGCCGCGCAGCAAGAGCGCCGCGCCGGCGCCGCGCGCCGCCGCCGUCAAGUCGGGCGCUAAGAGCGACUCGGAACUCUAACACAAUAAAGAUCAAACUAUGAAGCCUUAUCAUCAAUGCGGAGAUUAUGCGCUUUAAAUAACUAAUAGAAUUUAGAUAUUGACACGUGAUGUCUAAAUAAAAUAAUGAAAAUCUACACUUAUCUCCGCAUUGGUGGACCUUAACUUGCUAAAUAAUUUAGUCCUAAACUCACAUAACUAGGCCAUAACAUUGAAACAUCAACGUUUUUCAUACUUUUAACGUCGAUACCAAAUCUCAUUUAUAUAAGUUUACGAAAGUUUGUAAAACGAUUAGGUACUACUACUUUGACGUGUAUUCUUCAAGCUGACGUGGCGUGCGGUAUAGUUGGAGCUCCCUUCGUAUUGCAAUUAAUAUUUAGAGAAAAGCUAUACUCAUACAUCACAUCACUUAUGUAUUAUGAAUAUUUAUGAAACAUUUUUGUCCAAAAUUCUUCUUAAUCGUUAGCAUUACAUUACACAAUUACAAAGUAAUUUGCAUUUAUAAACUUUGAAGGCAAUAUUAUACUCAUAAUUUUGUGUGCCUUACUUUAUGUACAGCAAUCGAUAAAUCAGUAGAAGUAAAUUUUUAGAUAAGCAAAUCUGCUUAUUUCAAAGCACUCGCGCGUAUCCUAGUCCGUAUUGUAUAGAGGUAACGUAGCACUAAGUUUCUAUGACUUUUAUACCUUUACCUAUGAAUCUCGAAUUUUAUAUUAC